GCCCACCGGAAGCGGAAGUUGCGGCAGCCGAGCAUCGCGCCACUGCUGAUGCUCUUAAACUUGUUGCAUAACAACAAUAACAGCAGCGUCUCACGUUGCUAAAAUGUCAAAUUAGGAUUUUAUUGAGAAGACAAAUCAGCAUUUAAACGCUAUCUUCAGGGAAAAGAUAUGCCAGAAAUGGCAGUGGAUGGUGAUGUGAGACCAUUUCAAAUAGGUCAUUGAUGCAGAAAUAUUCAUCCCAAGAGACUGUGAAAAGAGGAAAGACUGAAUAUUUAUGCACAUUUAUUUAUAUUUCCAACACUUAAGUCUCAUUCAGGGUUUUCUUAACCCUGACAUGUCCCGCAGACAUGUCUUUAGCACCCUAAGGUGUUAAUUUGAUGGAUAUGGAUAUAAAAUGAAAAUUUUUCCCUAUAUGCCCAUGAAGGCCGUGUUUCAGCGUAGGCUUCAGAAAUUGAGGCACUAUAGAGGAGUCCAGCAGUCUGUGUUUAGGUAAUCCCAUCACUUUAAAUCAUUCCUUCCCUGCGUCUCUUGGUCAAGAUGGAGUCCUACCUCUUCCCCUUCGACAGCCUGAUCUGUAUGCUCCUGGGCAUUUCCUUCACGGUGUGGUUCACCCUUCUUCUGGUGUUCAUCAUCGUACCCGCAAUCCUCGGCGUGUCCUUCGGGAUCCGCAGACUGUAUAUGAAGUCGCUGAUCAAGCUUUUUGAGUGGGCGACCUUAAGAAUGGAGCGCGGAGCCAGAGAGAAGAAUCAGCAUCUCUACAAACCCUACAGCAAUGGGAUCAUUGCUAAAGAGCCAGCGUCCCUCGAACAGGAGAUCCAGGAAAUGAGGCGUGGCGGUGCAGAGCCUGAGUUUGACAUGUCUGACAUCUUCUAUUUCUGCCGGCGAGGUGUGGAGAGCAUCGUUGAUGACGAGGUGACCAAACGCUUCACUGCAGAGGAGCUGGAGUCCUGGAACCUGCUGACCCGCAGCAACUACAACUUCCACCACAUCAGCACCAGGCUCACGGCGCUCUGGGGGGUGGGCGUGCUCAUUCGCUAUGGGUUUCUACUGCCACUCAGGGUCACGCUUGCUUUCACUGGUGUCGGUCUUCUCGUGGUUCUGACGUCAAUCGUUGGCCUGUUUCCAAAUGGAAGAUUGAAGAAUUAUCUCAGCGACAAGGUUCAUUUAAUGUGUUACCGGAUCUGUGUAAGAGCCCUCACGGCCAUCAUUACCUAUCAUGACAGUGAGAAUAAACCCAAAAAUGGAGGAAUCUGUGUGGCCAAUCAUACCUCACCUAUCGACGUCAUCAUUCUGGCCAGUGACGGAUGCUACGCUAUGGUGGGUCAGGUCCAUGGUGGUCUGAUGGGGGUCAUUCAGAGGGCGAUGGUGAAGGCCUGUCCUCACAUCUGGUUUGAGAGGUCUGAAGUGAAGGACCGACACCUAGUGGCCAAACGAUUAAGUGACCACGUUGCAGAUGAAAGCAAACUUCCAAUCCUCAUAUUCCCAGAGGGAACUUGUAUCAACAACACUUCAGUCAUGAUGUUCAAGAAGGGAAGCUUUGAGAUCGGCUGCACGGUUUAUCCUGUGGCCAUAAAGUAUGAUCCUCGCUUUGGUGAUGCAUUCUGGAACAGCAGCAAGUUUGGGAUGGUGAAUUACCUGCUGCACAUGAUGAGCAGUUGGGCUAUCGUGUGCAGCGUCUGGUACCUUCCACCAAUGAGCCGAAUGGAAGGGGAAGACGCUGUGCAGUUUGCUAAUAGGGUUAAAGCAGCCAUCGCUAGAAAGGGAGGCCUGGCAGACUUGUUAUGGGAUGGUGGUCUGAAACGAGGGAAAGUCAAAGAAGUUUUCAAAGAGGAGCAGCAGAAACUUUACAGCAAGGUUUUAGUGGGCAGCAGCGAAGACCGCAGUCGCUCUUGAAGAGAUGCAGCUGUCUGCUUGACUUCACACGUGCUGCUCGGCGCUCACGGCGAGAGCCUGGAACCUCAGCAGAUGCAGUGCGGCCCUAGACUGGCCCCUUCCUGAACCUGCUCAGACAACUGUAGAACGGAACUAAUGAAGUCAUUCGUGAGCUGGUGGGAAAACUGUGUAGCCAGACCCUCGGCUCACUGCUGCGCCUCAGGAGCUUUUGCAUUAUUGCACGAUUGUCUCUGUUGUAUUCAAUUCCUGGCCUGACUAUUUCAAUUUCAGUUUGGAGUGAAAGUUACACAUAGCGUACUUGAGUAAUUUUUUUUUUUUUAUUUAUUUUUCCUUCACAGUCUGUUACAGUUUUGAAUAUUUGUGCUCUGUUACUGUAAUGCAUGAUGUCCCAGGAGAAGAAAGAGUGUAAGAGUUUGAAGUGAUUUAUUUAUGAUUGUAAAAAAAAAGAAAAAAAAAAAUCAGGAAAAAGUGAAGGGAUGAUGUGCGUAGAACUUUACGUUGGUAGAACCAUGAAGAACGUGUCUGUUAAGUGUUUAGCUGCUCAGCAAUCAUCUCCUCAUGACAGCCUCUCUAGUGUGCUGUUUGUUCUUUUUUUUUUAAUAAAUUUUUUUUAACAUUG